UUUUCUUUGGAGCAAAAGGGCAAAUGCAGCAUGGGCAGCACAACGCACAAGUUAAGGCAAGGUCGCUUACCGGCAAGACCUGCUCCAGAUCAGAGGUUUCCUGCUGCUCCUGCCUUCCACGCAGCUGAACCACCAAAACUACUGGAAGAAACCGGUGCCGCUAUUUAACCUCGCCGCACAAAAUCUUCUUGAGGGAUCCCCUUAUUAGCAGUAAAGUAAUUGUCAAUUUGGAAAACACUAAUAGUUAUAUAGCAGGCAGUGGCAGACACUCUUUCAUACUUCAGAUCAGUUCAGAGGAGGAGCAGAAAUGGCGAAGCUGCACAGGCUCAUCUCCGUCGUGCUCCGGCUCGCCGCGGCGGGGGCCGCGGCGGCGGCGGCGAUAAUCAUGGUGACCAGCCACGAGACCACCAGCAUCUUCGGCAUAGAGAUAGAGGCCAAGUACUCCUACACUCCAUCAUUCGUAUUCUUCGUUGUGGCAUUCGCAGUGACUUUCGCCUACAGCCUGCUCGUCCUCUUCGUGCGGCCGGGGAGCACCGCCUCCAGACUGGUUCUCCUGAGCGACGUGAUCGUCGGGAUGGUUCUCGUCGGCGCGGUGGCGGCCACCGGCGCGAUAGCGCACAUCGGGAGGAACGGCAACACGCACGCCGGGUGGCUGCCCAUCUGCGGGCAGGUGCGGGCCUACUGCAGCCACGUGAUGGGGGCGCUGAUCGCCGGCUUCGUCUCGCUCAUCGUCUACUUCCUCAUCAUCAUGUACUCCCUCCACGCCGUCGCGGAGCCCCUGUGCUCCUGCCAUUAGAAGUCCCCCCAUCAUCCUUGAUGUGUCGUCGUCUCCAGAUCGACCUGCCCAGUUAUGAACUUAUGAUGCGUCCUCCGUUUCUUAUAAGCUCUAGUAAUUUUGUUUAGGCACUGUCAGAGACAUGCAUGCUCUGGUCAUCUCCAUUUCGCAUGUUAUCGUUCAUUCCCCAUUUCUCGUAGUAUAUUCAGGCAUUCAGCUGGGACAAAUUAAAAUCCUUCUGUUUUCUCGAGUUGCAUUGGAAAUUUGAAGAGAAAAUGUUCCAAGAUGUUUCA